AUGACCGACCGCUCCUCCUACGUCAACUACUCCUCCAGCGGGCGCACCAUAUUCCCCAAAGGCCCGGUCUUCACCCUCGAGAACUUCUCGUCGAAAGACUUCAUAGUCAGAGACUUCGUCGAGUCACUGACAGAAUCCGCUCAGCCAGCCAAUCGCCGGUCGAACCAGGGCACUGCGCCUCCGACGCACUUUGAUCCCAAACCACUGAUCCGUACCUUCGAGCAGGCGGCAAAGCGGUUGCAGGAACUGUCGGAAGACCUCGAGGGCAAAGAAAAUGAGCUCACUACCGCCGUGCGCCGGGCCGAGGCCAACCAUAGCAAUAACGUGGACCAGCUAGGGAGAAAGCUGAACCAGACAAUCGAGAGCUUCAAUAAGCUAGACACGAGUCUCAGCCAGAAGGGAGAGAAAUGGGGCGGCAAUAUGGCGGUCGAGACUGGCAAGAAGCUUGAGGACCUGGAUCGGCAGAGGAAGCGGGCGAUGGACGCGCAUUUCCUGAUCGAAUGUUGGGACGAAGUGAGCAAUAGGGGCGAGAUUACGCUUCUCGAGAAUCUGAGACGGUCGGCAACCGGCGAAGGCAUCAUUCGCGCGGCGAAUAUCGCGAGGCAGCUGCUUAGAAUCAGUCACAGGUUGGAUCCCGGGGCACAGUGGGAUGCACAGAAGCCGCCUCAAUCAAACGGCGUCAGCAACGGGGUGGUUGGGAAGCGGGAUCUGAACACGCGUGAGGUCAUUGAGAAGUUCAUCGAGACUUUGGAGAACGACAUGCUCAAGCUCUUCGAUGACUUUUAUCGGCGGCAAAACUUCGAAGAGAUGAAGAAUUGUGCCAUUGUCCUACAAGACUUCAACGGGGGCGCCUCCGUACAGGCAGCCUUCGUCAACCAGCAUCAAUUCUUCAUUGACCGCAACAAUCUGAUUACGGAGGAAAUCGCCGUUGACCAGGAGACGUGGAUGAAGUUGUCAGACCCUGAUGGCGAACUGCCGGGCAUCGAGCCUGGUUUACAAUCACUAAUCGACGAAGUCAAGGUCGUGGUUCAAGAAGAAUCUGCCAUUAUCAAACGCGCCUUUCCCUUCCCAGAACAAGUCCUCUCAAAGUUCGUUCAGCGCGUCUUCCAGCAAUCAAUCCAACAACGUCUCGAACUUGUGCUUGAAAAAGCCGAAUCUGAAUCCACACUCGCCUACCUCCGGUCCUUACAAGCUGCCCGUGGCUAUCUCAACGUCUUGGUCGAAGACCUCAAAUCUCACGGUCUGCUCGACCAUCCGGAAACCGCCUCAUCUGUAACCUCUCAACUACUCGAUCAACAACUGGACGAACUGUUCACGCCCUACUUCGGCGGAUCUGCGUACAUCGAUCGCGAGAAGGCCAACCUGUCCGAACUGUACAAAUCCCUCCUCUUCAAAUUCGAUCUCUUCCAGUCGCGCCGCCAGAAGGAGCCAAAAACCUACCUUGCCUCUCUUCGCAACCGCGGACAGGAACUACUCGCUUCCGCCCGUGAAGCCACCGAUGCAUACGUCAAAUCCCUGGACCUCGAGAAGAUGUCGUCCACGCAACGGCGCAUGCUCCUCUCCGUGGCCGGCAUCAGCGACAAAUCCACACAGCAAGAAGUCGAAAUCACCGAGUCCGACGGACGCCUCUCAGUGGCGUACGCCAAGCGAAUGCUCAAAUGGCUGGCGGAAGGUGUGCGACGCGGUCUGGAGCUUUCGGGCGGCAACGAGACGCCCAAGGACGUCGCAGCGCUGCACGGCCUGCUCCUGCAGAACAUGGGCGAGCGCUACAUCGACCUCGCACUGGAGGCGGCAUCAGAGGCAGCGUCCAGCGCCGAAAACGCCAAGCGCGAGCCCGACCUCAGCUACCUGGGCCACCUGCGCACCGCCGUGUCGUGCAUGCACCUCAUGCAGAGCUGCAUCAACACGCUGCUCAUACCACUGGCGUCGACGAGCCUGACCAUCCGGCGCGACAUGGAGAAGACGACGCGGGCGGCGAUCGCGCGCAUGGAGGAUCAGAUCAACAGCGUUGAGCAGGCAACGGUGGACGCGGUGCUGAACUGGGUGAGCCGGACUCUGGCUGGGCAGCAGCGCACGGAUUUCCGGCCCCGGCCCGAAAUGGAGACGUUCGCCAUGAACCAGCCGCAGACGCAGACUUGCGCCGAGGUCGUGCGCUUCCUCGGCGGCGGCAGCGGCGGGUUCCAGGCCCAGGCGGAGCAGAGUUUUGACGGCGUGAAUCUUAGGGUUUUCCUCAGUGAGGUCGGCGUUGGCGUGCGGGGCCUCUUGAUCGAGCACUUCCGCAAGUGGCAGGUCAGUGAGGUGGGGGGUGUGGUGCUGGCGCGUGACAUGUCGAGAUACGUGGAUCUGUUGAAGGGGUGGAAGGUCGGCGAGGAGUUUGCGGCGAGUCUCGAGGUCUUGACUGAGUUAGCGAGCUUGUUUGUGCUGAAGCCCGAGGCGCUGCGCGAGAGGAUACGAGGCGAGGGGGGUGGCGGGAGUGGGUUGAAGGGCGUGCGCAAGGAGGAUCUGAGGCCUUAUUUGCUGAGGAGAGAUGAUUAUGAUAGUGUGGGCAUGGUGAGUCUGUUGAACUCGCUGUAG